CACCCCCGUGUUCUCUCACCCCGGAUUUUCCCGGGCCGUGAAUAAUCUCGAAGCCCCCUCGAUAAAUACACGUUCAGGGAUGCCCGGAGCUCACUCAACCCGCCAGCCUCUCCUCCUCCUCCGAAGACGGGACGGAGCCGAAGAAGAAGAGCCUCACCAUGAGCUCUCCCGACGGCUGCCAGGCGGCGAGGCUCCGGGGGCCGCCCUCCCUCCGCUCCGCCGCCGCCCUGCUGCUGCUGCUGCCGCUACUGCCGCCGCCCGCCGCCGCCGCGCCGCUGCCCCUGGCCGCGGCCUCCGACUCCUCCGGGGAGGCCGAGCCGGAGGAGGCCGGGGCGAGGCGGGCGGCGCUGCCCGACUGCGAGGCCCUGGCCUGGCUGCUGCACGCCCGGGCGGCCCGGCUGCAGGAGGAGAUGUGCGAGAAGUUCACCGUCUGCGAGAACAGCAUGGAGAUGCUGGUCCAGAACAACCUCAACCUCCCCAAGGUGACGGAGGAAGACGGGUGUCUCCUGGCUGGCUUCGACGAGGAGAAAUGCUUGAAGAAACUCUCCAGCGGGCUUUUCACCUUUCAGACCUACCUUGAAUACAUACAAGAAACUUUUACUAGUGAAAAGCAGAAAGUUGAGUCGCUGUGCUAUAGCACAAAGCAUCUGGCAACGACGAUAAGGCAGAUGGUGAUAAAUCCUGAUGAAGUGGUCAUCCCAGAUUCAGCUACCCAGAAAUCCCUCCUCACAAAGCUGAAGUCGGAUAAGACCUGGAUAGAGAAAAUCACCACACACCUCAUCCUCCGAGACUUUACUUCAUUUAUGGAGAAAACUGUGAGGGCUGUUCGCUAUUUGAAAAACACCAGGAGUUUCAGUGUCUGAAUGUUUUAAUUCGGGCACAAUCCUUUGUCACAAAUCUGUCAUGUGGCAGAUGACAGUGUUGUUCUGUUUUAAGAACCAGAAAUAGUAACAAUGGUCUGCAUUUUUAUAUAUCCUCAUUUCCUUCUAGGAACCUAUUUAUUGUAUUUAAAAUAUUUAUUCAUUUCUAAUGAUUUCUAUUUAUAUUUUCAAUAUUUAGAAAUAAUUUAAAGAAAGGACCUAUUUUAUUUCAUUUCUAAUGGUACUAUUCAGAAUAUCAACUUAUUUAAUAUGUAUUUAAUACCAAAAUAAUUUUUCAGAAGCUAGAUUGUUGUACAACUUAUGCUUUUAAAAUAUUUGAGAGAUUGCAUUUAUGACCUAUUUAUAUUUUGUAAACAAAUAAAAGCUGAUUGAAAAAAAAAACCUGUAUAACCUGUUUGAAUUUUAAUUAAGAUGGAGGGACUCUAAUAUAUCUAAAUUUUAAUGCCGGUAAUUAUCAAAAUAACUAUUUUCAUUAAUUUAAAUUUUUAUCAGUAUAAUUACAUCAGAUACCUACACAGUGCAUAUAUACACACAUAUACAGCCUAAUCAAUGUAAAAUUCUUAAAAUGGGAUAUAAAGUAAAUGGAUGUACUGUAUGUACUUCACUGUAUGUACUGUGUUUGCAUCAGUACGUACUGUAUGUACUUCAGUACUGAACACGAUAAAGCAUUAUUGCUCAAGAAACAAAUGGACAAUGAGUCCCCUACAUUUAAUAGAGAACACUAUAAAUCUGUAAGUAGAUGCUUACAAGUCAGCGAUCUA